AUGGCAUCAAGAAGCCCCAAUCACAAAGAUACAAAUCUCUUAAAGGUGUGGACCCGACAGGGCCUGAAGAAGAUACAGCCCAACAAUGCCAAGGCCUUGAGUGCCCGGGCCGAGGCCAUCAAGGCCAUGGUCAAACCAAAGGAAGUGAAGUCCACCAUCCUCAAGGGAGUCAGCUGCAAGCUUGAUCGACUUGUUUAUAUUACCCACCCCAAACUCGGGAACUGUGCUCAUGACUGCAGGCUGUCCUGGACAAAGGCUGAGACCAAGUCUCAGAUCAAAGGCAAGGCCAAAACCCCAGACCAGGUGCACCUGCAGCACCUGCUCCAGCGCAGCCUUCUAAAGAUGCCCAGCCCCCUCCCCCCGACGAAGGCUCAGUAG